ACCAGCCCAGUAAACUCAAAGGGCACGCAGGUGCGUCCUCCUGGCAGGACAAGCUGCACACCCGCGCAGUGACUCUGCAGAGCGUAAUUAGGGCGUCGGAACGCGCGCAGCGGCGGAGCGGGAUCUCCCUGGUAGGCAGCGUCUCACCAGCAGGUGGCGCGCUAUCCGGCAAGGCCUGCGAGGUUCCCGUGCAGAAACUUGAACAGGAUGUUGGUGCUAUUGCUGGAGAGGAGCACAGCCCAGCCUUUCCGUUCCGAGCUGUUGGAUUCCGCAGAAAACUGAGAAGAGCAGGGAGCUGACUCCUUGCUGCAGUGACUCAGUAUCAGUCAUCGCGGGCUUCAUUCGGGAAGGCGUCGGGAGGGGGGUUUCUUGACCACAUGGACAAUGAGAUUUUGAAUUCUAGAUCUAAGUACGAAUAAGACGGUGAUACCAGAUUUAUUCUGUGGGUGCUGAUCUCCUUGCCCCUGCCUGCAAGCUUCCUGGUUGCUUUCCUGUUGCAUCUUUGCUAUCAUUUCCUAAAUUUUGCUCCAUGAUUUAACUUGAAAUUCUGAAAUGAAGAUGGAGGAAGCAGUGGGAAAAGUUGAAGAACUCAUCGAGUCUGAAAUUCCAACAAAAACAUCUGAACAAGAGACAGCCAAGGAGGAAGAUGGAUCUGUAGAACUGGAAGCUCAAGUUCAAAAAGAUGGCGUAGCAGAUUCUACAGUUCUUUCUUCAAUGCCUUGUUUAUUGAUGGAACUGAGAAGGGACUCUUCUGAGUCUCAGUUAGCGUCCACAGAGAGUGACAAGCCAACAACUGGCCGGGUUUAUGAGAGUGACUCCUCUAAUCAUUGCAUGCUUUCCCCUUCCUCUAGUGGUCACCUGGCUGAUUCAGAUACAUUGUCUUCUGCAGAAGAGAAUGAACCCUCCCAGCCAGAAAUAGCAAUAGAAGGUGACCCUUCAGGAGUGUCUGGUGCCACAGUUGGGCGCAAGUCUAGGCGGUCCCGUUCAGAAAGUGAAACAUCUACCAUGGCUGCCAAGAAAAAUCGGCAAUCCAGUGAUAAGCAGAAUGGCCGAGUCACCAAGGUUAAAGGUCAUCGGAGCCAAAAGCAUAAGGAAAGGAUCAGACUACUGAGGCAGAAACGGGAGGCUGCUGCAAGGAAGAAGUAUAACUUGCUACAGGACAGCAGUACCAGUGAUAGUGACCUGACUUGUGACUCAAGCACGAGCUCAUCAGAUGAUGAUGAAGAGGUUUCAGGGAGCAGCAAGACAAUCACUGCAGAAAUACCAGAUGGACCUCCAGUUGUAGCUCAUUAUGAUAUAUCUGACACCAGCUCUGACCCAGAAGUGGUAAAUGUGGACAAUUUAUUGGCGGCUGCAGUAGUUCAAGAGCACACUAAUUCUGUAGGCGGCCAGGACACAGGAGCUACCUGGAGGACCAGCGGGCUUCCAGAGGAGCUGAAUGCAGAGGCAGGUCAUUUGGAUCCAGGAUUCCUAGCAAGUGACAAGACAUCUGCUAGCAAUGCACCACUUAAUGAAGAAAUUAAUAUUGCCUCUUCAGAUAGUGAAGUAGAGAUUGUGGGUGUGCAGGAACAUGCAAGGUGUGUUCAUCCUCGAGGGGGUGUGAUUCAGAGUGUUUCUUCGUGGAAGCAUGGUUCCGGCACACAGUAUGUUAGCAGCCGGCAAACUCAGUCAUGGACUACUGUGACUCCCCAGCAGACGUGGGCUUCACCAGCAGAAGUUGUUGACCUCACCUUGGAUGAGGAUAGCAGACGUAAAUACCUACUGUAAUACCAUGUCACUGUGUUUCCUCUGCACUGUUCCCUUCCACUUCCUCCUCCUCUUUGUGACGCGGAAGUUCAUUGUCAUAGCUUCAGCCUCAGAAGCUCUUUGUGGCAUUUGUAGAGUUGAAACUCAUGGAACCUCCCCCACUUUUUUUUAAUUAAAAAGUCACUUAGGAAAAUAACAUCACAGAAAAAACAAUUUCUUCUUUCAGUAGGAAUAUGAGAAUGAUGAAUUUUACUUAGUGACAUUUAGUCUUAGGAAAGCCACCUUUCUUUUAGAAUACUAUUUUAAUUACCAAGUAAAGUGGAUUUCAGUUUUUGAAUCUUGUAUUUAUUUUUCUGUAUAAUGAAAUUAAUAUCUAGACUUGACCACUGUUCGCCCACCUCAUCGUCCUCCCAUCUUGGGGCAUUCGCACACAUAUCAGUCAGGUCCUUAGUGGCACCUGGUAGGGCAUGUGCAUUUAAAAACCUUCCUUCAAAAAUAGAGGACAAAAAUAUUACAAGUGUUUUUUUUUCUUUUAGCUUGAAUCUUCUGCCCUCCUUAACUUUGCUCCAGGUUGACUUCCACACUACAAAUAAUUGACAUGCCCUUUAUGUUUAAAAAUAGUACUAAGUGACUUAACUUAGUCUCCUUGUUGCAAUAAUUUUUAACUCUUUGGAAAAUGUUUUCUUUGGAGCAGAGGCAUUUUGAAUAGAUAUCUACCAUGAAGUUUUCUGGGCAUCUGAAAUGAGUUUUGAAAGAUAAGUGGAAAAAUCUUUCUCUCAGCUUUUACCUUCGGAGAGCAUAAAAACCACAUACUUAGGAAGCAUGUGAAAAGUCGCAUGACUUUUAAGUAUAAAGGCACUUGGAAAUUGGAGAGGAAAGUGCCUUCUUCAUAGCUGGUCUCACUGAAAAGGGAGUAUAACAACUAUUUAGCACCUCAGCUGAACUGGACUUGAGCUGUAUUUGGAUAUUUUUCUCCUCUACCUUCUAAACUAAAAUAUUCCAUAAGAUGUCAGAUGCAAAGCACAUUAAUGACACUGUAAGUCUUACAGUAUCUAAAGGAAUAGCAAAGGGUAGAAGAAACUUCAGGGAAUUCAGGAAUUGCCGGCAUUGGACUUUUGUGGCAUUAAUUACUACCUUUUUUCCUGUAACAUAUAGUUACUCGUAAAUUAUUUUAAAAGCAAUAUCUAGAGAUAGAACACUAUGUAUUGUAUACAGGGAGGAGUGAAAUAGUAUUGGCUCAGAAGACUUCACCUUUUGUGGAAUUUGUUUUGUGUGCUCUUUUAUGUUUUGUGUGUUUUGUUUUCACUGUUACCAAACGAUGUUGCUAUGACCUUUCCCAAAUGCCUCAGUGGCUCUUUCUGGUCCUAAAAGCAUGAGAACUAUCAUUUUCAGUUUUGAUUCAGUAAACACACAUUUACGCAGUGCUUGCUCUGCAUCAAGCACUCUGUAGGGUUGGUACUGCGGAGGCCUCCAAGCUGAAUGAGACACAGCCUGCAUGCGCAUGCAUCAGUCUGCCUGGCUCCACCUGCCUGGCCUUUUCUUCUUUUCGUGUAUGUGUGUAAAAACAAUUUUAUUCCUUUACCCUACUUCUUGUUACUUUAGUCCUUCUCUAUGCCCCUUCUUUUACAGGGAUGUAUUCGAGCAUGUAUUUUUUGAUCUUCUCUGAUAGCAUCUCAUUUGAUCUGGCCUCUGUUCUUCACAGACUUUAUUUUUUCCUCCAACCCAUUUUUAAUUGAUCAGGUUAAAAGAUCAUGAACCUUCAGUUAGGUUAAUAAAAUCAUGAACCUUCAGUUUUAGAACCUCGUGUAUCACAGUCUCUCACAUGGCCACAAUCCUAGACAAAAACCAAAGACCCAGAGGCCAGAGCAAAACAGGACCUCCCGAAGAUUCACUACUGGUGUAUCCUUGGACCUUCACAUUUUACUUUAGGAUUAACUUAUUGAAUUUUACUGUUACACUUUUUUUUUUUUAACUUGAAGUAAAGUACUAGACAAAACAGAAAUGUUUAAUUUCUGGUCUGUUUUCGAGGAAAAUCAUUGGAAAGAGAGUAGCAUGGAGUAUAUGACUUGAAGUUUUUACAACUUAUCCCCUCCACCCCCCAGCAUCAGGGCACAGUCUUGCUUUAAAGAAUGUUUUUUAUAUUACCUAUUUUAAUGUUAAUAAUGUGUUUUGUCCAACUUCAUACAGCAAGUGAUUUCCUAUGACAUAUUUUCUUUAGUCCCUAACAGGCAUCCACUAAAGAGAGAACUUUUUUGGUUUGUUUUGUACACUGGGUGGGGGCAGAGUGGAGUUGCAACCAAACUCUUUUCUGGCCUUUUGCCUUUAUAUUAGGUUGCACUUUUUCUUCACUUGUUCCUUUUCUAACUCCCUGACCACCUGAUUUGAUGUACCAGAACAGAAUUUUAGGCAUUAAGAUACAAAAAAGGAAGGGAAGAGAAGUUAGAGACACACAGCUCUCUCCCCUACUUACUAGGUUGUAAUUUCUAACCUAAAAAUUAGAGUAUCUUUCAACUCUUCUUUCAUUGCUGCAUGCAGAAGAGUGGAUAUGGGGUUUCAGGCAAGGUAUGAAUGAUACAAUUUGUGAUGUCAUGCAUUUGAAAUUUCUUUUAAAGGGAUUGUUCUCUUAACCAAAUUUUCCCAUUUGAUAGCAUAAAUAGUUCUUCAUGCCUCACAAGAGGUUGUUCAAAGUAACAACUCUGUUAAAGUGGAACAAUUGGGUCACUGAUUGCUUAUAGCACAACUUGGUUAUGUUUCCCUCCUCUGCAAUUUGAGAAAAUAGAGCAGCAACCUAGUUGUUGAAUCAUCACAACUGACUGCCCUGUAACUUAUAAUUGUGGCUCAGCAGUAAUUUUUCAUUUCAUUUCAUUUUUCAUUUUGAUGCAUAGGGGCCAGACUGGGUAGAUUCCAUAUUUACAAUCAGGAAUCCUAUAAACUCUUUUGUUGUUAGUUGUGAACAAGAACUGAUUUGCUACUUUAGUCAUUAGUUCAUAUUACUUUUAACAGAUUAACACCUAGGUAACUUAAAAUAAAUUUGUUGCCUGCUUUUUAUUCUGUGUCAUAAGGUUUUUGAGAAAACCUGAGACACAAUUUUGUCUUAUAGUUUUAACCAUUUUUUUAAGGCAAAGAGCUGAGCCUCUAAUCCUUGUUCUUCAAUAUGUGUAUGAUGUGACUUCCAUGUAUAUAUAAAAAUGAUUGCACCCUAACCAAACUUCCUCAGAUUGUGCACUGUUUGUUUAAAAUAAUCACGUAUUUUAGUCCAAUACUGUUGUAUUUUUUCAUUUUAUUUAAAACACUACUUAUUCUUUUAACAAAUUUUAAAGGGUAGUGAUCUUUAAAAAAAAAAUCACUGGAUAACUAGGAACUUUUUGUUGUUGUUUUGUGUUUUAAAAGAGUAGAAAGGUCAUUGAGCCUUUUGCUUCUCUUACCAUGAACAUGGAAUGUCAGCCAUUGUGUGGCUAGGAACCGAUGCACUUGGCGGGUAACAGAUCUGCUGUUGCUGGGGUGUAAGCGUGGACUUGAUGCAGUGACGACAAAUCAUUGCGUAGAAGUAAUGUUUCCAAAUGUGCAACUCUAGUUUUUAAAAUGAACUUUGGUUCUUUACAUUCAUUACUUAGUUUUUGUUUCCAUUUAGUAUUUAAUGGUCUUUGGAGAAAAAAAUAAUAAAACAGAGUGUUAUAUAUAUAUUUUUUGGUGCAAGAUAAGAUUUUCUGUUUUUUGAAAUAAGUCUGUAGCAUAAAGGUUAAACUAUUUUAAGACAAAAUAAAAUAGAGUGUAUUUAAACAAUGAUAUUUUCUGAGAAUUUUUUUUUUAACUGUCUGCUUCAGUUAAUUAGGUGAUGCCUGGAGCAGCUCCCAGGAUACCUUUGGAUGUAAAAGUGGAUUAUAUUUUGUUAGUAGAUUGUUACAAGGUACCUGACUUAUUCCAAGUGAUAGCUUAAUCCUACUCCCAAGAGGUUUGGCCAAGUAGCCUGUGAUAUAUCAGAUCUAGAUAAAAAUAGUUCCGCCUUAGCUUUCCGGCAGCCCCUGCUUUCCUCUUUAGUUAGGGCUAGUGAGAGAGAGCUCAGACAGGGCUGAAGGCUUCCUAGUGUUUGGCCUCUCCGCUCUUGGGAACCAGUCUCAUGAAUAAGUCUUUCCCGAGAUGGACACAUCAGGGUUAAGAUGCUGCAGCUGCAUUGAAGCAAGAACGUAUAGGGUGUUUUAAAUGUAGCAUCAGGAACUUGCUCCCUAGUUUGAAUCUACUUUUAGAUUUUAAAAAUUUUGUUAUCAAAAUGAUAGCAAACAUCAUAUUAACAUCUCGUGGCUUAACACUUCACAAGAAGGAGAAUGAGUGAAAUCUAUCUCUGCUAAGAUACCCAACUCUUGAAUCUCUCAGUUUUCUUUGGGAAUUUUAGUUCUGCUUGCACCAGAAAGAGAUCUGUUAACAACUAGGAAACACAUUCUUAACAAGUAGAAAAUGUUUUUAGGUCUUAGGUUUUUGUUUUUGACAGUGCUGGGGAUUAAACCCAGGGUCUUGUACAUUCUUGACAAGUGCUGUACCAUUAAGCUAUAUCCCAAGCCUCUGUUUUCUUUUUUCAAAAAUACUUUAUUACUAAUUUAUAUUUGAGAUCUAGACAUUUUAAUCCCUGUGUGAAGCUCCUUUGACCCUAAUAGAAAAUUACUUAUUUAAAACUAUUCUUUUGCAUCUUUUUGCCCUUGGAUGCUGCCUUUGUCAAGGCACAAGUCAAGAUCCUUCAAGUUCCUGGUUACUCCUUUAUCUUGUUUGGGCUUCUUCCAUUUGCUGUCUUUCGGCCUUCCCUUCCCUUACAAUUUUUCACAGUAGCUGCUAGCUGUUUAUAACCUCAAUCUCAGCAGAAAGGGUAUAGAUAAAUCUUUACUAAAUAUAUACAUAUGUUUUCAGCUUCAGUUUUGCAACCAAAGCAAGGUGAUAUCUUCUGUGGUUUAUUUUAAUCCUUACUGUUCUGUGAAGGCAUAGUCCCCAGAUCAUUAGCAGGUAUGAUUUGUAUUACUUCCUUAACUAUGUUUAGAGCACUGAUAACACAGCACAGAAAAAUUUCUGGGCUAUACUGGAGCUUAUGCUCUGGGAACAAAAGAAGGCAGUAGGCAAUAGGAGAAGAAACACUGGGCAUGGUGGCACAUGCCUGUGAUCCAGCAUUCAGGAGGAUCAAUGCAACUUCAAGGCCAGUGGGAGCUACAAAGUGAGUUCAAGUUAGCUGCAUAUGAAACCUGGUCUCAAAAAUACCAAAUGAAACAACACAAAACAAAAAACAAAGAAGGAGCAAUGAGCUUGAGAAGGCUGCAAAUGAUGAUAAUACGUUUCAGAGAUACAGAGUUUCCAUUAUUAAAGGAUGUUUCAGUGUUACCUCUUGGCUCAUUUCAGUCUGCCAUUGGUCUGCUCUUCAUGUGGCAUGCCUUCGAGAUAGACACGGCUUUAGGCAGGGAUUCCUUGGUAUGGUGAGGAGUCAGUGUUUCUUUCUGCCAAACCUUACCAUGUAGUUUAGUAUGGUGGAUAUGUAAAGGGUGGAAAUGAGUGCUGGCAACAAAAUGUAACUUCUUCAGGGAGGUGUGGCAGCAGCAAUUGUCAUUAAGUAGGAUCUGCUUCUAGAUCCUGGCCUGCUGGCAGGGAACACCCCUUGAUUGUAAAUUUUAUCUAUCUAACUUCCCACUGCUUGAUGAAAGAAGUUAUUGCCAGCUUUUCCUUUGUGCUUUGAUAACUGACACCUCAGCGAAAUCAGAUCUGUUCUUUUUCUCUGACUGUUCCAGCUUGUGAGUGGGAAGGUAAACUGUUCUGGACUACUGAGCCAGCACCCUUUAGCUGACUUUGAAGCAGGUACGUGAGACUUGAGGGUGGAUGUGAAUACUGAAACAGAAGUGGCCAGGCCAGAGGCUGGGUGAGUGAUCUAUAAAAGGCCUGACCCAGGAAAGCCAUGUAUCUGCUAAAGAAUUUGGUUUUUAUACCUAUAAAUUGAAGACUGUCUUAGAUUUUUUUCUAAGAUUGAAAGGUUGAGCUGUUCUAUUUUAAGGGAUAAUUCAUUGCUCUGCAGAGCUAUUGGGCUUUUCAGGCAGGAAUUUGAGAGCUGCUUACUCCAGAAAAGCUGUUUAAAAGACUAUCAUUUGCUCCUUUCAUGUGAACUUUUAGAAGGCAUUGGAUGACUGACACUCACACAACCUUGAAUCUCUCUGAGCUCUUUAUUUCAAAGAUUUGGGUAGGGGGCGGAGUUGGAUUUGAGACAGGGUCUUGCCAUGUAGUCCAGGGUGGCCCUGAACUCACUAUGAAGCUCAGGAUAGCCUUGAACUUGUGAUGAUACUCCUGCCUCAGUUCACAAGUGUGGGGUUACAGAUAUGUGCUACCAUUCCUGACUCAAACUUUUAAGAGAAUGUUUGUUUCAAAAUUAACAUGUUGAAGCUCAGCAGUGUAAGUGCCUGCGGGGCAAGCGUAAGGUUGUGAGUUCCAUUCCUGGUACCCAAUCCCCCAACCCAAUUCCAUGUUAGGUAAGAAACAGUACAGAUUAUAAUCCUAGUUGUGUAGAUUGGAAACUGGAGAACAGAAAAGUAACAGUGUACCCAGACUUACAUAGCUGGAUUUCCCAGGAGCAGACUUUUUAAAAAAAUGUUUCAGAUGACGACUUUUUGACUUAAAAAAAAAAAGCAAAUCUUAUUUCUGUAGAUCUUCACCUUUUUUUUUUCUUGCUGUUGACUUUACCUUAUUCUUACCUGAAAAGAAGCAGAAAUACUGCUGAGUAUGUAAUGUUUGGUGUAAACAUAUCAUAGGUCAGAACCACACAUCUGAGUGUAUCCUAGCUCAGCCUCUGCAAUGACCAUGCACAUUUUUUUUGUAGAUACAGUCUCCAUCUCAUAGUUAUGGAACACGAAAAUAACAGAUCCAAUAAACGAGAAAAGAUGUAUAGGCUCAUUACUAAGUUUGGAAAUGCAAGCUUGCAUUACAGUGUGGUAUUUCACAUAAGUAGCAGUACAUUUAAAUCCAAUCAGAAGACAAUAACUGCAGUUCGCUUUUCAGCAUAUGAGCAUAAUUUGCUUCAACAGUUGGACAACUAGAAUUGUCUGGUAAAGCUGAACACAUGGGUACACCAUGAACAAGCAGUUCAAAGUCUUUGGGAUAAAAUCUUUCGGCAGUGUUUGCAAUGCGGUUGCAACUGAUGUAGGAACAUCGGGGAAUCAUUUCCAUGUCUGUAAGCUUGCUUUGAUCUUUUUCUUUAAGGGACUAAGAUAACACAAUAAUUUCAGACAGUAUUGUUAAACAAACUUACAUUUGCUAUAUAUCAGUACACACCUACACCUGAAAUGUGAAGUGUGCUAACUUAUAAAAGUGCUAACUGUAAAAGAAAGAAGUACAAAGCCAUGGUUUUAGAGAAACUAGUUUAUGUGUUCAAAGUACUUUGAUUUUUUUUUCCCCCAGCUUUUGGCUAUUUCAGCGUGCAUCUGUCAUGGGCUAGGUAGAAAAUGUAUUUGCAGUGGUAAGCCACAUGGAAAUGAGUAAACUAGUUAUACUUACAUACUUGUAUUGGUCAUAUCAACAUGGAUCAAUCUCAACAGUGUAGAUUUGAAAAGAAGCAAAUUGCAGAAUAUGUACAUGAUAUCAUUUGGGAAAACUGAAAAUACACUAGUACUAUGUACUGAAAACUACAUACACAUGUAGUAAGAAUAUAAUGAAAUGCAUGAGGAUAAUACAUACCAAGUGGAGGAUAAUGGUUACUCCUGGCAAGGACACAAGGAUUUCAGCUUUAUGAGUAAAAUUUCUUAGACUGGGUAAUGGGAACAUAGAUGAAGUUACUUUUUCUAUGUUUUCGUGUGUCUUAAAUAUUUUAUAGUGUCAGAUUUUCCCUCUACUUCAUGUAGAAAGAAUAAAAGCUCUUUUAUAGCUUUCCUGGUAGGGUAGUGAAAAUGUUAAGAUUUCCUCAACACUUCUUCGAAAUAUCAUUGAAAGCCUAACCAACAACCAGAAGGAAAUUUGAUAAGGUAGAUUUUAUAAAAAUUAAAAUCUUAGGGCCUGGUGUUUGGCUCAGCAGGACAAGUGCCUGCCUGGCAAGCAUGAGGUUGUGAGUUUGAUCCCUGGUACCAAAUAAAUAAAUAAAUAAAUAAGAUCUUUUCUGUUUCAGAGGACAUCAUCAAGAAAUUUUAGAGAUGUAUACAACCCGCCCCCUGCUAAAUUUGACUGGCUUUUAAAAAAAAAGAAAAAUUUUAGAGCUGGUUCAUCAUAUGCAAAUUAAUAAAUAUAAUAGACCAUAUCAACAGAGUCAAGGACAAAAACCACGUUUCAAGUAGAUACAGGAAGAAAAAAAAAAUUUUGACAAAGUCCAACACCCAUGCAUUAUAAAAACCCUGCAGAAAAUUGGAAUAGAAGUCCUUUAUCAAAAUCUGGUAAAAGCCAUCUGUGACAAAUCAACAGCCAACAUCAUUCUAAGUGCUCAAAAACUGAAAGCUUUCAUUCUAAGAUCAGGAAUAAGAGAUACUGAUGCCCACUGUCACCACUCCUAUUCAUUACCGUUUGGGAAACAGCUAGGGCAAUUAGACAAAGAAAUGAAAGGAAUGAGAAUAGGAAAGGAAGAAGUUAAAUUAUUAUUUGAGAUGACAUGAUAUUCUACGUAGAAGACCCCAAAAAAUUCACCAAAAGAACCCUAGAUUUAGUGACCAAAUUCAGUAGUGUAGCUGGAUACAAAGUCAACACUUACCAAUAGCCUACCUCUACACAACAAACUCAAAGAGAAAGAAAUUAGGGUAACAACACCUUUCACAAUAGCAUCAAGAAAAGUAUAUUUUACAUUGAAAACCACAGUACUCUGAAAAAGGGUUGAAGAGAGGGUAUCAGAAAAUGGUAAGUUGCCCUUUUUCUUGGAUAGGCAACACCAGCAUAGUAAAAAUGGCCAUACAUCCAAACUGUUAUACAGGUUUAACAUGUAAGACAGGGAAGAGAGAUUUAGAAAACACAAAACUAAAACUAGAAAUUCUAUUUGACCUAACUGGUCUCCUUGCCGGAAGAGUUAAGACAUCAUAUUACAGUGAUACAUGCAUACCUAUGUUUAUAGCAGCACAUUUUAUAAUAGCAAAAUCUCGAAAGCAGCCUAUAUGUCCAACAGAUGGGUAAAGAACAUGUGGUAGUUAUACACAAUGCAGUACCACUCUGCCAUAAAGAUGGAUAAUUUGAGUUAUUUGCAAGAAAUGGGUACACUUGAGACAGUAAUGUUAAAUGAAAUAAGGCAUACAAGCUUAGAUAUCAAAACCCAAAUUAUAAAUAUAGAGCAAAAUAAGAGAUAAUUGGAAGUAGGGAGAUAGAUCUUUCUCAAAUGUGAAAGGGAUCAAGGGAUGGAGGACUGAGGGCAGGAGGAGUCAGAAAAAGGAAUUAAGAUUUGUUAUGUACAUAUACCAAUGAGUGUAAAGAUUAUUUACAGCAAACGUGUAAGAAUAAAGAAGAAAUACUACUCUAGCUCACUCCCUGACUUGGAGCAAGGGAGUGUUCUGCAGUACAAAUCAGGCUACAUUGAAAUCUGCCCUGCUGUUUGGACCAUUAUGGCCUGCUAUCCAGUGAUGCUAGAGGUCUUCAUGGUGGAUAAGAAUGCAAUGUGGAGUCUGGAUUUCCAAGGAUUUUGGAGCAAGCUACCUUGUGCAGAGAACUAUUCACCUUUUUAAAAGCAGCUCCCAGAAGGCUUUUGGACAGUAGAGACAGAACAUCUGACCAUGGAAUAUUAAUUGACCAAGGCAUUAAAGAAGCUUCUUGAGGACUAGACCAGUCAUACAUUUAGGCAGAUGCAACAACAAUCCAUUCUAGAAUGAAUGAGGCAUAUCUGGGAUUGGGAAUGUGCAGGGCUACAGGGCCCAAAUGAGAACAGAUGAGCUGCACAUCCCCCUUCCCUGGGCCUCCAAAGCAUUACCUGUUGCAUUGAUGACUUGCCUUCAGAUCACACCGAGAGUUUUUUUGUGACCAGCUGAUAGAGGAAGAAUGAUUGUAGGCCUGGUUCAGUGUGUUGAUGUUAAUAAAAAAUGGCCUGCUGUUUGCACUUAAAGCUCUCAUUAAGUGUCCCGAAAGGCAGUCUUAAAAGGAAACUCUUCUAGUGGAUAGAGCUUAGAGCCUAUUCAGAUAUACCUAUUCAUCAACUUGGUGUAGGAGGGAAGGUGUAGAGCAUAUUUUAUAAAGGUUUAUAUGUAGUCUUGGGCAGCAAAUGGCAUGAUUGGUCGGUCUGGGGCCUGAAGGGAAAAAGGCUGAUGAGGAGGUCUGGAGAAGAAGCAUGUGGAUAGUCCUACAGGAGCGGGCAGCAUCCACCUAAGAAGAGAUACUGAGCAACCAGCAUGAUUUACCCUGAGGAAGUUAGCUUUGUCCCCAACUGACUUCCCUGCCUUGCUGAUGGAUGAAGAUUGGGCAAGGCAGGCCUCAAUUCCUCAAUCAGCCACUGGAGCCAUACUGUAUUGGCCCUUUCAAUUUGGAAAAGGCAACCAGGACUAAGGGUCUGUUUUAUGGCAAAGGUGAUCCAACAGUGGGUUCUUAAUCAGAGAAUCCAGUGGUCUGAUAUCUAUACAUACUCCAAAUGGGCAGAAGCAGUGGACUAAUGAGUGAUGAGAUGGCUUAUUGAAAACUGAGCUGAGGCACCAACUUGAUGAGACCUUGGGUACUGAACUUGGGUACUGUCAUCCAGAUUACAACUGAUAUGUGGUACUGUGUCUCCAGUUGCCGGGAUACUUAUGUUUAGGAAUGAAGGGUGGAUGUAGUGGUGUUAGUCUCACUCCUUUACUGUCAGUGAUCUGUUUGCAUCAGGUUAAAAAAAAAAAUGCCUGGAACUUGUGCCUGGUGGUGGUCCGGAAUGGGCCCUUUCAGCAACCAAGUUGUGGCAAGGCAGGUCAACAGAAGGUGCAGACUUCAGGGGUGCAGGUCUGACUCAACCCAUCAGGCAGAGCAACCUGGAUCAGCUGAAGUGCCAGCUGAGAAUGAGAAAAAUCUAGAAUAGCUGGUAAGGGAAGAUAAUGAUCAGGUGUUUCAGCCUCCAGAUGUGCUGCAGCAGUGAGCAGUGCUGUCAUUUGUCCCACUAUUCUGUAUAAAGUGUUCCAUUAGAUUAUGACUGUCUACAACCUUGAUGGCUCAGUGACAGAAUGAGCUUCAUAUGGGAUAUGAGUCAGGGUGGUGGAAGGAGAAGACCAUCUGAGAAGCCCUACAUUGUGUCCCCUUUGUCAACCCUACUUCAGCUGCAGUUAUGGUUUACAGUUUUGUUUGCUCUUGGUCUUAAACUGACCUCACUCCCAGCCAUGGGGAAAUCAUUCUGAUUUCUAUUUCAGAGCCUUCUCCAAAGCCACAGGAGUCUGUUUGGUCUGUGUGGCUCAAACAUAGCCCUAAAGUUACGGAGAGUUAAUGACCCUAGGACACCCUCAAGAGUAGAAGGCUAAUAAAUUUCCUAUCAAAUUCUCAGCCAGGUGACGAAUAUCUAGGACAGCUCUAGGAAGCAUUCUGUCUGCUGCUUAGAAUAUCCUGGAGGAAUUGAGCCUCCAUUGCUCAUGGCAGCGACUUUGAUGAUAGGCCUUAUAGACUUUUCCUCUUUCAUUUUGUUACUCUUAAUCCCUCACUCUGUUUCCUGAGACUCCUUCCAGUUAAACCACAUAAGUGCUUUUCUCAGGCUCUGAAUCAAAGAACUCAAACAUGGGCAGGGAGGGACAGACAGAGUUCACUGUGAGCUGAAGAGAGUUAUUCAGUAGAAAUGGGCAUCAGACAGUGGCUGCCUGCCUGGUGUAGAAUUAUGUAUUAGCAUAUGGAACAGAUAAAACCACAGGCCUAAGGAAAACUGUUAAGAGGCCAGUGGAAGAUAAAUUACUCCUUUCAAAGUGGUUCAAAACCAAGGACCAGUUUAUUACCCAGGGAUCAUUUGAUAAUGCCUGACUGCAAUUCUGGUUGUCACAGAGCUUUGCUAAUACAGUUUCAUCAGCAUUGGGGUGCUGUAGCUAGAUUGGAGUGGAGAAAAUAAGCUGGAAGGUAGUUAAUGAAGAUGAGGGUAGACUUUCCAGGAACUCAUAGGUGAAGGAAAGGAAUUGGCUAGAAGGAGGCACAAGAUCAAGGAAGAGUUUGAAAACAUUAGAAACCUUGUACAGUAGUGCACAUCUAUAAUUCCAACUACUUGGGAGGCUGAGACAGGAGGAUCACAAAUUCAAAGCCAACCUGGACAACUUAGACAAAAAAAAAAAAAAAUACAGUUCAGUUGUAGAGCAUUCUUGGGCUUGCUUAAUCAUUCAUAGCUAUCUAUAUAUAUGAGUGUAUACGUAUAUUGUAUAUGCUGUGAUAUGACUGUGCCGGUAAUAAAGGAUGAGAAUGAUUGAUGGAGAGUGACCCUAAGACAUACAUGGUACCAGGAAACACAGCGCAGAUUACCUGGCUUGGCCCAGGAAGGGAAAACUUCCUCUGAGGCCAGAAGGAGGCAAGUGGAUAUGGUUACAUCUACCGUUGUGGAGAGGGUGUAUAGAUUAUUGGAGGGCAUUAACUGCAGGCCUUUUUUGUCCUUUGCAUGUCCAGGAGCCAAGCAGUCUCUCAGUCGCGGGGGGAAGUAGUAGGAUAGGCGGCCUAUUAAUUGCAUGUUGAUUGUUAACUUCCCAUUGUUUAUUGUACCGAGAUUCUUCCAAAAGGGUCUCUUUGAGGAGUUUGGCUUUUGUCUUGCCUGCAGUGUUCCAGAAACAAGCACAGAGCUAUUGUGGAAACUCAUGUUUCCCAAGUUCUCUUCAAGAUGUUUAUUGACUUGGGGUUUAGGUGCUUGGGGUCACUUCUGCCUCCUGAUUCCUGUGUUGCCAUGUUCUGUCCCUGUUCUGCCAUGGACUUGAAACUGGGACUCAACACCCUCUUGUUCUGCAGAACCACCUCUGCCUGCCUUCUGGUCCUCCAAACCUAGGUUCUGGUAAUGCCUAUCCUGUCCUUUUGUGAGCACCUUGCUCAUCCUCAUCCUUACUCACUUCUUCAUCUAUAUUUCCUGUGUUGCCUGAUCUCCAAAUAAUUCUCCCUGUGUUUACUCAGCCCUCCUGAAUGCUUGACAGGCUUAGCUCAAACCAUGGUGCAUAACAUAGACAUGAUAGCCUUUUCUUAGCCUCAUCCUCCAAUAGAAGGCAGUAACAGAUAAACACAUGAAAGAUGUGCUCUCUGUGAGAUCGCAAUUCAUGUUGGGUCUGAGGACCUCUCUGAGCACUCAACUGCUUUAAACUGGGAAGGCUCUACUCCGUGAAGACCUCUGUCUCCUCUGCCCCAGAGUGUUGGGAGAGGCCCAAAGGUGGAGCAAAGCUGGGAGAAGGGUUCUAUCAUGCCCUGCUUCCUAACUCUGUUGCCAGGGGAGCUGGCCUGGAAGUCAGAAGCCUUCCAGAAUCUAUAACGUGGGAAUAGGGAGGUAGGAGCAAAGAUUUAGUGAAAUGGAAUAUAUGCUACACCCUCUUUCUUUGCUUUGAAAAAGCAAACUUGAAAAAGACACUGGCCUUUACUUUUCUUGCCUGGGUGUUCAGAAUCAUUAAUUUAUUACAUUCUCAAAUAUUGAAUGUUGUAAUCCAAGAUUGUAAUUGUUGUACCCUAAGAAAAUAGCUUUGUUAUAUGUGUAUUAUAGCAAACCUGUAUAGGGGCUUACUAAAUGUGUUUGUUUUAUCCUUUUUCCCUAACUGAUACGUUAAGGGACCUAAUUGAUCUGUUGAGCAACACUCUCCUCUGUAAAGAAUUGCAAAAAUCUCACCUAAUUGAUAUGUUAACCAUUGUUGCUCUCUACAAACUACAGAAGCUGUGCUAAAACAAGCUAACAAGGGUUGUUAAUCACUGCUAGGAGCCUUUAUUCUCCUCUAAAGAGCUAAGGAAAACUAGAAUGGCAAUUAAUUUACAUUUGUUUAAAGUAACCUGCUUGUGUGCAGAGAGAUUUGCGUGUGAGUUUAACCCUUUACCCUGAUCUUGACACAUUACCGCCGUUUUCUGUUCUGUAUGGCGCCUUAUUGCCUCCCUCUCCCCUCACCUAUCUAUCUAGGCCAUAAAGAAUUUGGGUUUCUGGUGACCUCCCCCCGACCCGGUGAUGAUCUGUUGUAAAAUGAGCCUGCCCCAAUUUUAAGAACUGCUUAGCUUAAACAAAUUACCGGGUAAUACUAUGGCCCAAAUCCCAAUCGGUGCUUUCCUUUUGUUCUGUAUGUAUCAAAUGAGUUAGAUAUCAGGUCUUCGUAAAACUUAAGUUCCAGCGUCUCAUAACUUGUGACCCCUUCGCACUCACUAGCGAAGACAAGCUGUCCUGAGAUAAUUAACUGUCCACUUUCUUCUCCAAAUAUUGCUGCAGACGUGCCACUCUGAGAUAAUGUCAGUCUGCAGGAUGGAAAUAAUUUUUAAAAAACACCAGAAACUCCCUAGAUUGUCAGAGCUAAGUGGACAGCAAUACAGUUUCCAGACUCGGGUCAACAAGUUUGAUGGCUCUACAGGUUUCUUUGUUUCUCUCCCCCCGCCCUUUCCUCCAGCCCCUUUUUAAAGUCCUCCCUUCAGCUUCUAGGGGACAGUCUCCAAAUUGGCUCCCGGAGACUGGUCGCCAGGCCUGGAAAUAAAGCCUUUGCCACUAAAUUUUCAGUCUCUUGCCUCCUUGGAUUUUAUACCGGGGCUCAAGUUAUAACAUUUGGGGGCUCGCCCUGGAUGGAAGCAAGACCCCAGACUCAUUUCUGAACAUUUGAAAGUAAGUGCUCUGGAGGAUUUGUUUGGGCCGCGGUCAAUUUGUAAUUUUGAGGGGAUGCCCUCAAUUUGGGAGCGGGAACCACCCGAGGACAGAGUCAGUUGGUUUGUAGGACAAAUUCUGUCCAUUUGUGACUCUGCCCUGGGUGGGGAACAGCUCCGUUUGGAAGGGGACGCCCUUAAUUUGGGAAGUGAAACCUCCUGAGGACAGAGUCAAUUGGUUUUUGCCAUUUGUGACUCUGCACCGGGUGAGGAACCACUCUGUUGGUUAAUUUGUUAAUUCCUCCAGAUCCCAAAAUUUGACUAAUUUUUGGGCAAAGGCCAUUUUUGCUGCAGCUUGUCUCGUCUUGUAUGUCUGUUUGUUUGUCCAUUUGUUCUAAAUGUUCUCCUUUUGGUUACCCUAAAUCUAACAGAACAUUCUCUCCUAGGAACCCCUUCUACGAGCCCAGAAUGGACAAAGGGAUUUAGAUAUUGAUGUGCAGUGUUUUUGUUCUUUAAAAUUGUUUGCCUGUUUGGAUUUGUUACUAACUUAGGGGCUUGUUGCCCAUUUCUGUUGCAGGAUCCAUAUGGCUUAUUAGAUUCAAGCUUCAUAAUAAGAAAAAUUAUUUCCUUUAGCUCACCAAACUGUGCAAAAAGCACCCUUUGUUUGUGUCUUUAAUGUUGUGGCGCCUUGUUUAAUAUGUAAGUCUUCAACUGAUUGCUUGCAACCUUGGCAUGCCUUUUAAAAGGAGUAUUUUUCUUUCUGGUUAAAAAGUAAAUAUAUGUGCACAUAUAUGUGUAUAUUUAUGGUUUUUAAGAAUCAUAUCAACUUUACCAAGUAAAAACCAGGUCAUACUGUAAUUGAGCCAGUUAAAAGGUUAUAGCUUUAAAAAACCCAGCAUUUUAAUGUGGUAAAAAGACAUAAAAUUAAUUAAAUAUGUUUUAGACUACUAGAAGGUAACUUCAAGGGUUUUGUUGAGAGUUUUAAUGUUGUCUGAGAAGCAAAAAAAAAAGAUAAUUGACUGGUGAUAGUAAAAAGGAGGGACAAAGAAAGUGGUUUGUCUUCAAGUAAAAUGUCUGCUGUGCCAAAAUGUAAAAAAAAGAUAAAACUUAGAGGUAUAUUAUAAGUUAUAAAAAGCUCGAGAUGAUAUAAAUUUUGUCUUGGUUUAUAGUACUGAAGACAACAGGUUUGACAAGAAGUAAAUGUGUUCAAAGUUUGACAGUAUUGGAUCAGUUUUGAUAGAUUUAUUUAUAAGAUUCUAAACCUUUGCUGCAAAGUGUUUCCAUUAAUAUGAGAUUAUAGAUGAUAAUAGAGAUAAGAUAUAAGUUUUCACAUGUGCUGUGGACCUCUGGGAGAUUAUAUGGCACAAUUUUGUUACCUAUGAAAAAGCUUCUUUUUGUUAAGUAUGUAAUUUCAGUAAAAUGAUGGCCUGCCAGGUGGCACCCUGGGACAAAAGGUGGUGUGCCAUCCAGAUAAAGCCUGCUCUCUGAUAUGGAAUGCCAAAACCAUGUUGUCCUUUUGUCCCAAGCCGAUUGAACAUCCAGAGGUAAGGAGGUUUCCCUAGUAUCGCCAGUUGGUCUCUUUGCAACUCAGUCGGCCCCACAUGUUAGAAAAAAGAUUACAAAGGUUUGAGAGUUUAAAAAAAAAUGCCCCUCAGCCAGUUGAUAGAGAUAGCACAAAAGGUCUUUUAAAACUAAAAAAAUUACCGUCUACUGGGAAAUUUGUCCAGCGUACCUGAGUCCUCACAACUGACUUAGAGUUAAAACUGUUGGGCAAAUGGAAUCAGGAGAUUCCAGAAGUCUGGGCAGAAGACAAUCCUCCAGGGCUAGCAGUCAGCCAAGUCCCCCUUCUGAUGGAGCUCUUACCCCAAGCAUGCCCCUUCUGCUUGUGACAAUGCCCGAUAAGCCUGCAGGCCCGGAAAGGGAUUUAAAGUCCACAUGCAGAGGCUAAGAGACAAUGAUAUUCUCAUUCCUUGUGUCUCUCCCUGGAACAUGCCCUUGCUUCUAGUCACUGAAGCCAGGGACAAAUAACUAUCGCUCUGUACAGGAUCUCGGAGAGUUAAUACAUGAGUUCUGAGUCUAUACCCAACAGUGCCAAAUCCUGAGAACACCUGGUACUCUGUUCUGAACCUGAAAGAUGCUUUCUUCACUUUGCCACUUACUCUGGUGAGUCAACUCCUUUUUGCCUUUGAAUGGACUGACCCAGAUACGGGGGUAAAAAAAAACAGCUGACCCGGACACAUUUACCUCAGGGUUAUAAGAACUCUCCCACUCUUUUUGAUGAGACAUUAACAAGAGAUCUUUUAAAAUUAAAAAAAAAAAAAACACCCUGAGAUAGUGCUCCUCCAGCACAUGGAUGACUUGUUAAUAGCCUCGACCCCCACGGAAGCUUGUAAGCUUGUCAAGAGACAACUGAAAAACUGUUAAGGACUUUGGGGCAAUUAGGCUAUAAAGUCUCGACUAAAAGGGCACAAUUGUGCUGUCAGGCUGUGACUCAUCUGGACUACAAAUUGCAAAAAAAAAAAAAAAAGGAGGAGGAUUUUGUCUAAAAAAGUGUCCAGGCUAUAUUGCAGAUCCCAUUCCCAGAAACUAAGAAACAGGUGCGCGAAUUUCUGGGAGCUGUCGGAUACUCCAGGCUGUAGAUUCUAAAUUUUACUGAAACAGCUCACCCCCUGUAGGGCUCCCUUAAGGAAAAAACUCACUAAACUGGACUGAUAAAUGUAAACUGGACCUUGCGGCAGCUCAAGUGGGCCUUGACAGAGGCCCCAGCCCUGGGACUCCCUGAUGUUACCAAGCCAUUCACCUUGUUUGUAGAUGAACUCAGGGGCAUUGCCAAAGGAGUCCUAACCCAAGACAUUGGCUCUUGAAAGAGGCCUAUAGCCUAUCUUUCCAAAAGGCUCAAUCCAGUAACAAGAGGGUGGCCUCCAUGCCUAAAAUUCUGGCCGCUGUGGCAAUGCUACUUAAAAGAGGCCCCCCCCCAAAAAAAAACCUCACUUUUGGACAGAAGAUUUCUGUAGUGACCUCCCACAGUUUAGAGACUCUUAUCAAAACCCCUCCUGAAAAUGUGAGUGCUAAAAUCUCACACUAUUAGGCCCUGCUCCUAGACCCAGAAUUGAUAGUUUUCAAGACUUCUUCAGUUUUAAACCCAGCCACCCUUAUGCCUGACAACGACCUGAGAAAUUUCACAGAUGGAAGCAGCUUCAUCCAGAACGGCAGAGGCAGAUGAGUGGCCGGGGCAGCAGUGACCAUCAAAAGGAGGUACUCUGGGUUAAGCGGUUAGAGCCUGGCAUCUCUGUCCAAAAGGUGGAGCUCAUUGCUUUGACUGAGGUACUAAAACUAGCCACAAAAAAGAGGGUAAACAUCUAUACAGAUAGUAGAUAUGCUUUUGCUACUAUACAUGUACAUGGAGCCAUCUAUUAAGAGCGAGGUCUCUUAACCUCGGCCAGGGCAAAGAUUUAAAAAAAGGGGGGGGUGGCUCCACAGAUCCUAGAUUUGCUGGCAACAGUCUGGCUGUCGGCAGAUUGCUGCUAUUCACCUGAGGAAACAAUUUGGCAGAUCAGGCCUCUCAAAGAGUAGCAAUCACAUCAGAGGGGCCAGCCGAGAAAGUAACUGCUCUGAUGCGAGUCCCCCCGACCUUGUCAAAACCAGUCUACACAAAGAAAGACUGCACUGGUUGUUGUGAGCCAUCUAACAGAUUCCAGUCCCUGUGACUAAAAGACAAGUGCAAAAUUUCUAGGAGCCACAGGACUGAUCCAGAGUUUGGGACCCUGGCAGAGGUCUGUUGUCUACCUUUCCAAGACACUUGAUUCUGUAACAACCAGAUGACCACCCUGUCUGUGGUGAUUUCCUCAGUAGCCCCCUCAUAAAGGAAGCUUAAAAAUUGACUUUUACACACAAACUCUUGUUUCUUCCUGUUCCCUGGAGACUCUCAUCAAGGCCCCAUCAGACUGCGGAUGUCUAAUUCCUGAGCCAUACAUUAUCAGGCACUAUUUCUGGAAACAGCGGCUUCAAACUCUGGCUACUUUGCUGCCUAAGGAUGACCCCUCGUUGCCUCACUACAAUUGUACUGAGGUCAUUGAUCACCUCACAGGACUUCGACCUUAUCUAGUGGAUAAGCCAUUAUCUAGAGUUCCAUCCUACUUCUCUGAUGGAAGCAGCUACGUCUAUCAAGGUAAGCGGGUCUUGGGAGCUGCCGUUACACAAAAUCUCAGGUUCUAUGGGAACAAAUCUUAGAGCCAGAGACAUCAGCAUAGUGGGCUAAACCCAUUGCCCACACUGAGGCCUCAAGUUGUCUUUAUCAAAAAUGAAGUUUAUUGUCUUCUGGAGUCAAAAGAUUAAAUUGCUCCCCAAAUUUGGACUUGUUGGCUGCCAUCUAGAUGCCAAGGAGAGUGGCUACUAUCUGCUGUAUAAGCCAUUGGGCAGAAGAUGAUCUUGUUAUAAGAAAAAAUAAUUUGGCAAAUGCCACCUUCCAAAAGAUAGCCAGAAAGCCCCAAAAUCAGUGGGGAUUGAGAUAAGCUUGACAUUACUGCUGAUCCCACCUAUUUUCUUUGUCAGAGCCCAUUUACACUUAAAAAGACCAGCAUCUGGCAGCUCAACUUCCGAGAGAUUCCCGGGGGCUAAUAUCAAGCUAGCCCAGUCUGUGAGCUUCAGAUGCCCUCAGUGCCAAUUGGUAAAUCUAAAAGUACUGCAACAAAUAGAAACCACUGGUUAUCGUGAGACUAUGCCUAAAAACACUAAAAAAAUAGAUUUUACAAAAAUAAAAAGCCUAAAACUUCAAGGAUAUAAAUGUUAUAAUGGUUGAUACUUUCAUUAGAUGAGUAAAAGCGUUUUCUACUUAGUCUGAGUCAGCUCUGAUAGCAGUUUCCCUGAUUUGGUCUCCCUUUUUAUCCAUGGGGUCCGACAAUGGCCUGGCUUUUAUAGCCUAAUAACUCAAAUUAACCUAAGCUUUGCAGAUCAAUUAAAAACUCGAUUGGGCUUACCAGCCUCAGAGUUCAGGAAAGGUAAAAAGAUAAGUUAGAUUUUAAAGACUAUAAUUACUAAUGGCCUUAAAAACUGGCGAAAAAUGGGUAAGUCUCUUUUCCUUCUGCCCCUUUGUGUGCGUGAUGCAUCCCCUAUGUUGCAGAUAUUUCCUCUUUUGAGGUUUUAUAUAAGAGAUCUUCCUCUUAUCAUUAAAGGUUUCUAAAAAUUAGCUGAUUUAACUAAUAAAGAUCUUAUUAAGUCUCCCCCAGACUUUUCAGCCAGCUCUGACUUCCAUCCACUGGUUAUUUCGCUGCUGCCCACUGCGAGCUAAAGAGCCUAGGCACCUAGACAAGCGACCUCACCAUAAAUCACUUGAGCUGCAAUAGACUGUCAAAGUAGCUGAAAGCCUGCCUGGAUUCAACGUUCCCACUGCAGACAGGUCCCAGCUUCAAAAGACCAUUAGCCUGUGGAUAAAUAAACUGUCAUUUCUUCCAAGGACACUUUAAAGCUUAAGAUUGUCUAAUAUAACUGAUAAUUUUGUGUUCUCCUCUUUUAUAGAGACCCCUAAGAGGCCUCUGUCUGACUUAAAAAUUGUUACUUAUAUGAUAAAACAGAGUAAAUUUAAAUGUUGGUUUUCUUUCUCCUUUUGGUUAACAGCUUUAAUGACAGCUACAAGACCUUUGUUAAUCCUCCUACUGGGCCUUGUGUUGUAAACAAGUUGAUAAACUAUGUCAAAGUUCUUAAAAGCUUAUAAUUAUAAAGACACAUACAAGGUUAUAAACAGAUGGUAAGGAGUCAAUGAUUUGACACACUGACUAAAAUCAGUGGGGAAUGUUGUACCCUAAGAAAAUAGCUUUGUUAUAUGUGUAUUAUAGCAAACCUGUAUAGGGGCUUACUAAAUGUGUUUGUUUUAUCCUUUUUCCCUAACUGAUAUGUUAAGGGACCUAAUUGAUCUGUUGAGCAACACUCUCCUCUGUAAAGAAUUGCAAAAAUCUCACCUAAUUGAUAUGUUAACCAUUGUUGCUCUCUACAAACUACAGAAGCUGUGCUAAAACAAGCUAACAAGGGUUGUUAAUCACUGCUAGGAGCCUUUAUUCUCCUCUAAAGAGCUAAGGAAAACUAGAAUGGCAAUUAAUUUACAUUUGUUUAAAGUAACCUGCUUGUGUGCAGAGAGAUUUGCGUGUGAGUUUAACCCUUUACCCUGAUCUUGACACAUUACCGCCGUUUUCUGUUCUGUAUGGCGCCUUAUUGCCUCCCUCUCCCCUCACCUAUCUAUCUAGGCCAUAAAGAAUUUGGGUUUCUGGUGACCUCCCCCCGACCCGGUGAUGAUCUGUUGUAAAAUGAGCCUGCCCCAAUUUUAAGAACUGCUUAGCUUAAACAAAUUACCGGGUAAUACUAUGGCCCAAAUCCCAAUCGGUGCUUUCCUUUUGUUCUGUAUGUAUCAAAUGAGUUAGAUAUCAGGUCUUCGUAAAACUUAAGUUCCAGCGUCUCAUAACUUGUGACCCCUUCGCACUCACUAGCGAAGACAAGCUGUCCUGAGAUAAUUAACUGUCCACUUUCUUCUCCAAAUAUUGCUGCAGACGUGCCACUCUGAGAUAAUGUCAGUCUGCAGGAUGAAAAUAAUUUUUAAAAAACACCAGAAACUCCCUAGAUUGUCAGAGCUAAGUGGACAGCAAUACAGUUUCCAGACUCGGGUCAACAAGUUUGAUGGCUCUACAGGUUUCUUUGUUUCUCUCCCCCCGCCCUUUCCUCCAGCCCCUUUUUAAAGUCCUCCCUUCAGCUUCUAGGGGACAGUCUCCAAAUUGGCUCCCGGAGACUGGUCGCCAGGCCUGGAAAUAAAGCCUUUGCCACUAAAUUUUCAGUCUCUUGCCUCCUUAGAUUUUAUACCGGGGCUCAAGUUAUAACAGUAAUCCCUUUUCUAAUCUUCCUCACAGUUCAGAAAAGCAUAUUUUUAAUCCCAUUGAAACGAUACUAGAAUCCCAGCAAGUUAAUUCCACCUCCUAUGCAAUCCACAGCAAGAGAAAGACAUCAAGACAUAUUCAAGGGUAAAGGCAGCCAAGGGGUCCUAAGUCCAGUCCAAGUGAGGACGUGUGGACAAAUGCCUUGAUCCAAGGCCUCUCCCAGAAUUUGCUUGUGAAGAAGGGAGUGGUUAAAGGAUGAGUGGCAGUGAGGAUGCCGGGAACUACAUGAGUAACUUGAACUGGCUAGCCAGCUAGGCAGAAAAGCAUCUUUACAAAACGCAAGGAGAAUGAUACCACAGAAGAAUCAGUCUGUGUAAUUCAAUUAAGGUAGCUUUUGAAUUGUAUUAGUUUGCUUCAGUUUCUGACAUGUGCCCUGGGGAGUCAUAACCUCUUACUUUGAGGCUCGUACCCAGCUGACAUUCUUGGAGCUGACUGGCUCUGGCAUCCCAUUGUACGUCAGUCCUUUACAGAGAGCAUUGUGGGAGGAAACAGGAAACUCAGUUGGCCUAAAAGAUUACGUAUCAGUACUUCAGCUGACCUUAUUUGCAUCACUUAAAGCCAAUUGAAGGGAGAAGGCGAGAGCAUAGCCUGCUCUGUACAUAACAGCAUAUGGAAAUAAGAUUCAAUUUAAUGUUGCAGCAAUUGUUCUGUGGUCAACAUGAGUCACUCAAAUUGUCUUCUACAUCAUUUUUAAAAUAAGCUUAUCAGUACGAUUUAGAUACCAUGGUCACAUUCAUCGUAGGGAACUUGUAGAAUCACUGAUUUAAAUGACUCUCCGAGACUAGCUCAGCUGUCUUCUUCAGUUUCUUGGGGGAGAGGGGUAAGGGACUGUAGACCACAGUGGAGACACAAGAAUUGGGGUGCUGCACUCCCAACUCAGCUUCACCGUACCCUGGGAAAGUCGUUCGUAAUUCUGACAGUGGGACUGAUGACCAUGACCAGGGAAAUAUUUAGUUUGGAAAGCAAAAUAAAGCAACUUUGUUUUUAAAGUUUGUUAUAUUUGUUACUCAUGCCUUAAGGAGAUUGGUCCUUCAGAGAGCCCCGCCUGGGGCUCCGGGUGCUGUUGCAAUGCCAGAAGAUAUCAGCAGAGGGCGACAUCGCCCUUCUAACUCCAGCCGGCUGAGUAAUCUGGCCUUGAGUGAUGGCUAGGUGAAGGCUUUUUCUCUAAGGUAAUGUUUUGCAAACUUUUUUGAGCAUGACACGCAAUGAGACUUACGUUUUACAUCGUGAUGUGAUAUGUUUUCUGUGUGAGCUGCUGAAAGAUGUUUAUCCUUUCUGUACAGGUGCGCUCCAAUUUGCAGUUUCAGGUCUUUCUGAGAUUUGGUUAUUCAAAAAAUCUUGCUCACACCACUUGGCUGAUCUGACAGCUCACCAGUGGAUGCAGACCUGUACUCUGAAACCCAGUGGAGUCUAGGCUGGAGCUUUGGGGUCGCUUGGAACAGGGCUGCCAUUACAGUGCUUAAGAGUAAAAUUCAUUGUGCCUUCCUUCUGGGCGAGUUACUGUACUCCACCCUCCUGUACCUUGUGAGAUGGAAUGAUGGCACUGCUUCAGGGCACUUGUAGGAUUCCAGGACUGUGUGUGAGGCUUUGAGAAUGGUGUACUGCCCACCCCCAGGCCCUCAGUUAGGGUGCUGAUCACAUGACUGCUCCUUUCCCACUGAGAAACAACUAUAGCUGCGCAAAGCCUGCCAGGGUAUCUCUGGGAUUCAUCGAUUUGACCUGUGUUGAUACCUGCUACCAAUGGUAACUAAGCAGAAAGCUCUGGGCCAGGCCAGUGUUGGAGAAGCACAGGGUCAAUUACCGAAGAUGUGAUGAGACCCAGCACCGGGUGCAGUGCCUAGAGGACAAUUUAGCUUUGCGCCUCUCAGAGUGUGGUUCCUGGAUCUGAAGCAGCAUCCUCACCCAAGAUCUUGUUAAAAAAGCACAUUGUAGGGCCUUCUUCACCCAGGUAUACAGAAUCAGAAAUUUGGGGGGGCCAACAAUCUAUUUUCAUAGUCUUCCAGGCGAUUCUGGUGGAUGGUCCCCUCUGAGCAGACUUUGGGCCUUGUCAUCUGUCAUCCGGGCGUAUGUUGUCCAGGUGUACUUGCUACCACUUUAAUCACAGUGUCCAAGAGUAGGAGCAGGUAUCAGUAUUUAUGUUUUAUUUUGUAGUGCUGGGGGUCAAGCCCAAGACCUCCUGUUUGCUAGGUAAACACUCUGCCCCUGAGCCGCACCCCCUAGCCCUGAGCAUCCAUAGUUUUAAAAAGAUUCUCAGGUGACGCCAGUGUGCAGUAAAGAAGGGGAGCCACUGCCCUUACUCUCCCUGUGUGAGCAUCGGAGCAAGCUUCAUUAAGGUGUGUCAUGUAAGCAGAAACCGUAAACAGUAGAGGCUUGAGUGAACAUGGAUUGGAGGGGGCCUCUGCUGGUACCCCAGAAAGUUGUGAAGAAGCUGUCACCUAGUGUUUACUAGCAAGCUAUGCUAUGCAAACAGACUGCCAGGAUAUGAAUCCUGCUCUGUCCCUCCUAGCUUGUGACACUAGCAAGUCUUAGCAUUCUGUUCCUCAUCUAUGUGGAGUUCACAAGUAUUUGAGUAGCUUAGUGAGGCUAAGAUGAGUCUCUGAAGAAAUGAAGGGACAAGUCCACAGAGGGCUCUGGACCUGAAGGCAUUAGAAAGCCACCAGAGACUGGCAGGCAUAGGGGGGCCUGGGUGUGGGUGUGUGAGAGAAUGUUCCAGACAGCGACAGGCAGAGGAGAAGGGUUGGGCAGGCUGGAGACAGGCGAGGUGUGACGACUCGCAAGUGGGGAGAGGUGACCGAAGGGCUGCUAUGAUGCCGUGUACUGGGACUUUGAGAUGGCAUUGGGGGAGUAGGAAUAGGAGAGAGAGGAAGCACCCUCAUUUCUGGGCUAGAGAGAUGGGAUGGCUGUGCUGAGUUUGGGAGCCCAGCGCUAGCCUCAGUGCCAUGCUCUGUUCUGGCCCCAAGGCUGGGCCCUAGGCACAAGAGGGUGACCCCUGACACCACCUUCAGUUUCCUGGGGGCCACUGGAACUUUUUGGAGUCCUCUGCAUGGUUUGAACAAAGACAGUGAAGGUCCAUCCAGGCAGGGUUACUUCUUGUCACUUGAGUAUGUGGUACCCAUUCCCAGCCCUGUGCCUUUGCCUGUACCCCCACUUUCUUCUCUAGCAGAAUCCUGCUGCAGUUAUCCCCUUUUCUUACACAGUCUUCACCUCACUGAAGCCCUUCUGGCCAGUGGCUGUCCUGGGAGCACAUUAUAGUCUUAGAGGUACCACUCAAUCGCGUGAGUCCUCAUUCCCGUGGCCACUGAAAUGAAGCUCCUGGAAGCUGAGAAAGGUCCCCAGGUCAGUGCCCUCCCUACGUGGCUUAGCAUUUUGUCAAGAAGAUAUGAAGUGAGGCUUCCUAAGUGGGCUGGGAGGAAAACAAUUCAAUUACAAGCCAGGAAGGCCUUGGUGAGAAUUAGAUUAUCAGCAUUGUCAGCUGCGGCCUCAGCCUCUGGGGCUCAAUGGCAGAGAACAGGAGCUGAGAAGUUCUCUGCAGUGUCAUCCUCCCAGACUCUGGGUGAGUACAUCCCUGGGGUUCUGGUUUCUGCACUGGGUCUUUCUCCCAUCCUGCAGCGAGGGUGGGGACAGCUGGGCUGAGCCCCCUGUGAGUUCCUGCCCACCUCUCCAGUUGCCUUCUUGCCUUGCCUGAACCAGAGGUGAAGGAUGCUGCUGAUACCCUGUGAGAAGCCCAACCAAUGCCAGUGCUCAAGAAAAAGCCAAGAACCCACUUACUGUGUACCUGUGGCCCUGAUGAGUGCUGCACAGCAGAUGCCAGAAAGAGACAGAACCCCUAGCCAGGUGUGGUGGUGCAUGCCUGUAAUCCUAGCUGCUUGGCAGGCUGAGGCAGGAGGAUCCCAAGUUCAAGCCCUACCUGGGCAAUUUAGUGAGAUCCUAUCUCAAAAUAUAUAUAUGAAAGGGCAGGCACAGGGACUGCAAGGAUUGAGUGGCCCCGGAUUCAUUCCCCAGUAACAUACACAUACUUGCAUGCAUGUGAUCACAAACCCACCUACCCUGCCCCGCCCCCCAAAAAGCAAGAGAAAGCCCCAGAAGCCUGUCUGGGGUGGGGUGGGGUGGGAGGUAAGGACAUGAGAACUACACCCAGGUUUGGAAUAAUGACUCAGCCCUCAUUCCCUAGCUAAGGCUUGUGGAGCAAGGUAGGCAUCUAAACCUCUGAGUCCCAGUUUCCUCAUCUGCUAAUCGGAGAAAAUAACAGCAGCUGAUGAAAGCCAUUAAAGCUGCAUAUGUGUUCCAAAGCACCAGGUAGUGAUAAGAACGCACUGCACAGGUAGAAGUCCCUUCACACAGGCCUGGCGUGCAGCAGGCUCUUACAGAUGGUUGCACUCAUGAUUGCUGUUCCUGCAUUGUGGUUAUGAUGGAUACAGGAGUUCCAUAAGGGGAGAGCCCACUGACUAACUUGGCAUGGCCUGAGGAGGAGAUGGGGCUCAGAGGACGGGUUAGAGAAGAGAGCGCAGACUAACCAGCCAGAGGGAGCAAAAUGUCCUGAUUGUUAAGAAGAGCGGAAUACAGCUUUUGGCAUGUGAGCUUAAUGUCACUCAACGGCAUUCUAGAAUUAUUAAACAGAUGGUCUGGGAGCAUGCUACAAAGAGCUAUGCUUGUUCCAGAAUUAAUUUAUUAAAUCAUGUUGUACAGACCUCCCAGGAACUUUCAUUACUAAAUUCACUCAACAGAUUUAUUAUCAGCCUGAUAGGAAAAGCAGAGCCUAUCUUGGCAAAGUACUGAAUGAAGUUUCCCAUGCUGUCUGAGUGGGCAGGAGAGACAGAUGUGAGCCCUGGUGUUUCUUAGGGAGGGUCUGUAGCAGUGUGUUUCAGGGCUCUGUCCAGUUGCUGAGGAGCUGGAGGAAGCACAGAGUAGGGUGAGAUGGCACAGUAGAGUUCUGUGGACCUUAUCCAUAGAGAGGCCCUGAAAACCCUCAGAGGCUAUCUGGCUAGUACUAACCAAUAUACCAUGCUUUUCCUAUUAUUAUAUGUCUGUGGUGACUUUUUUUUCUUUUUUUGGUGUGGAGGAUUGAACCUAGGACAUUACACAUGCUAAGCACAUAUUGUGCCACUGAGCACACACCCUCAACCACAUAAUAAAGUUUAAUUUAUAAAUUGGACACAGUUAAUAGCAAUGACUAAUUGCAAAAUAGGUCAGUCUUAAUAAUGUGCUGUAAUGAAAAUUAUUUAAAAUAUGAAUUAUUUAUUUUUGGAAAUUUCCAUUUAAUAUUUUCUGACCAAAGUUGACUUGUAGGUACCUGAAAACACAGAUAAAGAAUGACCACCAUGCAUUGUUUGCACUUAAGAAUUUAGCUAUUUAAGAGCUAAAUAAUGGAAAGACAACAGACAAGUAAUGUUACAUAUGAAAUUUGGAAAAUACGGAUGAUCAUAAAGAGUAACUAAAAGGCACUUGCGAUUCUACCUAAGUGGCACAGUUUAAUAGCAUGACCAAGAGGAAUGACAGUGAGUGUGGAUCUUGGUGAUGUGUGAGAUGCUGGGGGGUUUAGGACAGCGAAACCUAGAAAGGAGUCCUGCUGCCAGUGUUUGGGAGCGGCAGCUGUCGGGGAGAAUCUGCAGGCUAUCCUGUCCUGCUCAGGCAGCCAGACCUAGAACAUGGAGGCUCAGAGGGCCAAUUUCAGCUCAGGAAAACAGAAAAAGCUACAUGGAAGCCAUUCUGUCUGCCAAUAGGAGGGGCUGCCUGGGAGAGAAGGAAAGAGGGAGGGAGACAAGCAGGGAGGGAGGGAAGGAGGUCCACCCCUGUGGGCAGAGCAUUCUGAGUGUUAUCAAAAGAGUCCCUGGCCCGCUUUGUCCUCUUUCAUCUCUGAGGUCUGUGUAUCUCCAGAUGGAGACACGAAGACAGAACACAGCAUUCAGUAUUGUAAUAGGGAGGCUUGUGGGAUUCUUAACACAGUGACUUUGGUUCAUUCAUUCAUUCGUUUAACAUUUGUGAAGCACCAGCCAUAUGCUGGAUACUGUGCCAUAUACCCAAUGCAUGCAGCUCUUGUGGGAACUGAGUGCGGGAUACACUAGACGGUGAAGUUAGAUAGGUAAGUUAAUGGGCACUGAAAAUCCAGGUAAGAGAUUCUGAGCCUCAGGAAUGAGUGAUGAGAAUGGAAACUUCGGUGAUAUUUAAAGAAGUUCUUUGCUUGCUUCAGGGUCUUUGUAUAAGGUUUCUCAAAGACCAAAGACCUUAGAUGGGACCAGGCAUACCACAGGCACUCAGCAGACAUCAGACAGGCAAUGGGAAUGUUACUGUGGGUACAAGAUGGGCUUAAGCUGAACCUGGGAUGAUGAAUAACUAUUUACUUAACCAACAUAUUGUUGCAAUAACCACUUCCCCAGUAUUAGCCAUGCAGUAGCCUUAUUGCCUAAUGCUGAAACAAUAAAUAAGACAUAGAUAUCACUGUAAUGCAGUAGAGAGUGGAACAGUCUGAUAGAGGAGAGAGACACAGCAAGAAGUCCUGGAAGCACUCAUGACAGACUGGUACAAUGAGAUCUAAGGUGAACCCAGAUAAAGUUGUAAUUAGUCCAGCCUGUGGGCUCAGGGAAGGCAUCAGAGAAGAGGUGACAUCUGAGUUGUCAUUUCAAGCCACAACCCAGUUUGCCAAAAGACAGUGCUGGCCCGGGGCAGUCUACCCACCACACACACAUAUUGGUGGUAACAGCAGCACCCCCCGGCCAGAGUUCCCCGCACUCCCGGAACACUGUCAUUUCUGAUCUUUGUUUCACUGCUCUGCCACUUUACCUGCCACUUUCCCUGGGCUCUUUCUGCACAGAGCUCUAACCCUGGUGAGGAGUGAGGUGCACACUACAUACCCAGACGUGGUAAGUAUUUGUCAAAUGAAUGAAUGGCAGCAGCUUGGUGGAGACAGUGCCAGUGAGAAAGAAGACGGACACAGUAAUCUCAGAGACACCGCAGGGGCUGGGGCAGGGGCAGGCCUGGAAGGCAGAGCAUUUUCCUCCCGAUAGGCAACCUCAGGGCUGCUGAAGUGGGGGCUUCUAUGCUACUUUGUGUCACUGACACCUGCAGAACAGCCACAGUACAUGGCCCACACUGUGCCCGGCACCUCUCUAGCCACGUGACCAGCAGUGGGGCAUGUUUGGGGGCAUUUUCCUCCCUUCUCUCCUCCCCUUCCCUUCUUCCCUUUCAUUUUCUUUUUUGAAACAAUGUUUUGCUAAGUUUUUCAGGCUGGCAUCAAACUUGUGAUCCCCCUGCCUCAACCUCGCAAGGAUUGUAGCUGGGUGUAUAGGUAUGUGACACUAUGCCCGGCUUAUCAGGUUUUUUGGUGUAUAGAUUUGUGAAUGAUUUGAACAAGAAAACUUGAAUUGCCCUGAAAUCUGAUACCUCAUAUACAAAAGAAACUGAUAGAGGACUCCCAAGUUUAGCAACAAUCCUUAAAUAAACAUUUAUUUACAUGGCAAUAGAAGUCAAAAUUCAUGAAUGUGAACAUUUUCUAAACUCACCAAAAUAAAAACCAAGAUUGAAUCAACCAUGUCAGAAGACAGAGGAAAUGUAUUUCUAUCUGAUUUAUGGAAAAAAAUUAUAAAAUUGUGACAGAGGAGGUAAUCAAAGCCUAUGCAGCUAAAAAAGAUGGAGAAAAAAAUAUAGAGGUGGAUUGGGCUGUUAGUCAAAAUGUUAUUUUUUUUUUUUAUUUAGUGACAGUUGUGAUACUUCUCGGUUUUUUUAACACUUGUAACUUGCUAUCCUUAUUCUAAAUAAAGUUUCAUGUUUGUACUA